CUCGAUUUUCCCCAGAUUUUUCACUAUAAACAAAACCAUCAAAUUUUCUCUUCAUUCCAUCACCAUAUGAUUCUAAUCACACAAGAUUCAUAGACAAUUGCCGCUGUCCACACAGGAGGAGCCGCCUCCGCUGCCCCAGACAAGAGUUCCAGCUAUAGCUUCGUCUUCCUCUUGGGUCUGAUUUUACUCGUAGCCGACGGAUCAGUCAGCCCAGCAGCAAGUCUCCUACGGAUUAUUCAGUGCCGCGCCUCAGCAGUAGCCACUAGCCGUGUUAAAUCGGUGACAACUGGUGAUUCAGUUGGUUGAUGAAUGCAACAAGGCACUUUAGGUAUAAUUAGGAGUGAUGGAACAGAUUACGCAAAGGCAUGAUCAUGAAUUGGAUGAAGAAGAGUACAUAUUGAUGGAUUUGGAUAAUGUUGCGGACCAAAUUACUAUUCCCCCAAACGCCCCCUAUGUUCUUUCGGGCCUUGAUACGUUGAACCCCAUUUUGAACAUUGAUGGAAAAAUUAAGCUGGUUGGAGAAUAUGUGGACACUAUUGGGACAUGCCUUGUGUUUGGUGAAAGUGAUGAUUCUGCAAUGGUUCAUGAAGAAAAUAGCCCAUCCGAAGCUAACAUUAUAUCAGGAAAAUGUGUAUCAGAUCCUACGCCAACGCCAAGUAAGCAAGUAAGGCCGAUAACUCAGCUUCAUAAGAUUCUCAAGUUCAGAUUAUUUCGGGAUGGUGAAAAUGAAGCGGAAAAAUAACAAAACCCGGUAUAAUUUCAAACCCAUUGUUGGGUUUUGACUUUUGAGGGUCAAGAUGUACACAAUGUUACCCCGGUAAAAAAAGAUGCUUUAAAACAAAUCAUCUCAUUAGUGUUUCAUAUAUAGUUAAAAUUUCCUCUUUUCAAACUUGUAUACUUCCCAAGUUGUAUACUUAAUUUUACAUUCAAUUUAUUUAAAUAAUAGCACAAAUUUAGA